GCGAUACCACGCCAAGCACGCGAUCACGCAUGAUCAUGGACACCGGCACCGUGCGUCUCGUGAUAUUCCUCGGGAUGUUCCUCAUGUUCGCCGGCGACUACAGCUACCUGAUCACCGCGAUUUUUGGCCGAUCCGCCGACAGGAACAUCACGGAACCGGUUAAAGGUCCCGAGGAAGCUGGCAGCCAGCUACCCGGCGACAGGAUAACCUUGGCGACGAUGAAGAAGGACGACGAGAAGGACAACGCAGUCUCGAGACGCGCGAAGAUGAUGACGACGAUCAAGACGGCUUGCUUGCCCAAGCUGAUAUGCGAACUGACCUCGUCCGUCCAUCAGGAUCAGCUGAGCGAGAUGGAACGGUAA